UCACAUGACUGGUACCGGAUGAGAGGGGCCACAUGAUGAACUCUAGAAUGUCACAUGACUGUCAUCUGAUGAGAGGUGCCACAUGAUGACCUACAGAAUGUCACAUGACUGUCACCUGAUGAGAGGUGCCACAUGAUGAACUACAGAAUGUCACAUGACUGUCACCGGAUGAGAGGGGCCACAUGAUGAACUACAGAAUGUCACAUGACUGUCACCUGAUGAGAGGAAAGAUGGCAUGUCAUUCAUUCAUGGAUGUGUCACCUUAACAAUGCCCCUUUUUCUAAGAACCAAGUUCAGGAGGAAGCAGAAUAAAUUGAGAUUGAGAUGAUGGGAAACUACAAUGAGUUGAUGAUUGACGUCUGUAGUUUCCACCUGCGACUCAGCCCUCCUGGCCGGACCGUAUAUAAGAGAUCACACAGGUUGAGGACUCCACAUCACCGAGACUUCUACUACCACAGGUUCAUACUGACCUACAGAGCCUCUGCUGUGACCAUCAUCCACACAUCAGACCACCGUCCAGACAGACGGAGACAUCUGAGACACCGGCAGAAGCAGACAGAGCCUUUACAGGAGCAGUGGUAGGCUUUCGGACAGAUCACACCAGGGGACAGUGGUUCUUCAAGUCUGACCCACUUCAGGUUAUAAAAACAGCCUUCACCCAGUGGAGUUGACACAGUCAGGACUGGCGUGUACAGCAGCCAACCCAGAGAUGAGUGUGUCAACGUGUCAGAUGAAGGAGCGUUACAACCAGCAGGGAUUCCUCUCUGCUGUACCGGUCCUAGACGACACAGAGCUGAGGGAGGCCAGACAGGCCUUCAACCACCUGGAGAGAGAGUUCGGUGAGGAGUAUACCCAGUACAGUCUCCACAAUGUGCACCUGAAGUACCCCUGGGUGAUGGGCCUGGCCAAACACCCCCACAUCCUACAGGUGGUACAGUCCAUCCUGGGCUCUGAUGUCAUCCUGCUAGACUCACGCUUCAUCUGCAAGUACCCAACAACCCCCACACCUCACCCCACAGCCACACAGGCAGGAAAUGAUGCCAUAACUCUGACCAGUGAGGAGGCAGUGAGGUCAUCAGAGAAGGACCAGCAGAGUGAGACUGGACUGCCCUUCGUGGCCUGGCACCAGGAUAUGAGGUACUGGGGAAUAGCUGGGGGUCCAGUCCUGUCGGUGUGGCUGGCUCUUGAUGAUUCACUGGCAGAAAACGGAGCCCUGAAGGUCAUCCCAGGAAGCCACUGCUCUGGCAUGCUGCCCCACCACCUUGCCUCCCGCCCCGGAAACAUGCUGUCAGUCAACCAGGAGAUCCCUGAGGAGCUGUUGCAAACGGAUAGCGCUCUACUCUGCCCCCUGCUGGCUGGGCAGAUGUCUAUCCAUGAUGGGUUCCUGGUCCACGCCAGUGACCCCAACACAUCCCAGAAGAGACGCUGUGGCUUCGUGAUCCGAUACGUCCCUACCUGUGCCUACCCUAUACAGGACCCAGACCGUCCCAGGCGUUUCCAUGCUACAGUGAUGGCCAGUGGAUCAGACCAGUUCAGUCACUUCUCCACCUUGCUGUGAUGAGCCUUACAGCACAACUACAACCAUAUCCAUAGAGAUCCCAUUACUGUAUUACUGUCUGAUACUUAGAGGAACCUCAUGAUACUGUAUUCACCUUGAUGACUUACUGCUGUGUUCACCUUGAUGACUUACUGAUGUUUUCAUCCUUGAUGACUUACUGAUGUGUUCACCUUGAUGAUAUCAGAUGAACGGUUUAAAAAUCACUUUUUGUACAUAGCCCCCCAUAUUAGGAGACCAAAAGUACUGGGACAAAUUCACUUCUAUGUAUUAAAGUAGUCAAAAGUUUAGUAUUUGGUCCCAUGUUCAUAGCACACAUUAACUAUAUCAAUCUUGUGACUCUACAAACUUGUUGGAUGCAUUUGUUGUUUGUUUUGGUUGAGUUUCAUUUUAUUUUGUGCCCAAUAUAAAUGUUAAAUAAUGGAGAUUAUAAUCGACUAUGUUUCUAAACACUUCUACAUUAACGUGGAUGUUAUCAUGAUUACGGAUAAUCCUGAAUGAAUCUUGAUUAAUGAUGAGUGAGAACCUUACAGACAAAAACAUCAUACUCUCCAAAAAUGCUAACCUCCCCUGUUAUUGUAAUGGUGAGAGGUUAGCAUGUCUUGGGGGUAUGAUAUAAAAUGCUAACCUCCCCUGUUAUUGUAAUGGUGAGAGGUUAGCAUGUCUUGGGGUACGAUAUAAAAUGCUAACCUCCCCUGAUAUUUGUAAUGGUGAGAGGUUAGCAUGUCUUGGGGGUAUGAUAUAAAAUGCUAACCUCCCCUGUUAUUGUAAUGGUGAGAGGUUAGCAUGUCUUGGGGUAUGAUAUAAAAUGCUAACCUCCCCUGUUAUUGUGAUGGUGAGAGGUUAGCAUGUCUUAGGGGUAUGAUAUAAAAUGCUAACCUCCCCUGUUAUUGUAAUGGUGAGAGGUUAGCAUGUCUUGGGGGUAUGAUAUAAAAUGCUAACCUCCCCUGUUAUUGUGAUGGUGAGAGGUUAGCAUGUCUUAGGGGUAUGAUAUAAAAUGCUAACCUCCCCUGUUAUUGUGAUGGUGAGAGGUUAGCAUGUCUUGGAGGUAUGAUAUAAAAUGCUAACAUCCCCUGUUAUUGUAAUGCUGAGAGGUUAGCAUGUCUUGGGGUAUGAUAGAAAAUGCUAACCUCCCCUGUUAUUGUAAUGGUGAGAGGUUAGCAUGUCUUGGGGGUAUGAUAUAAAAUGCUAACCUCCCCUGAUAUUGUAAUGGUGAGAGGUUAGCAUGUCUUGGGGUAUGAUAGAAAAUGCUAACCUCCCCUGUUAUUGUAAUGGUGAGAGGUUAGCAUGUCUUGGUGGUAUGAUAUAAAAUGCUAACCUCUGUUUUCGGGGUAUGAUGUAUGCAUUUAACCUUUUUUACUUUCUCCCUCGUCAUUAUUAAUUCAGGACUAUAUGUUGUCAUGGUAACGUCCAUGUAGAAGUGUUUAGAACCGUACAGCAUGUGUCACUGUCCCAAUACCGGUGGAGCUCACAGUAUCUGGGUUGGACUGGGUUGGACUGGGUUGGACUGGAGUCUAUCUCCUGUUUCUGUAGAGUGAACCAGAACGGCCCAUAGGGCAGGAGACCAUCUCCUGUUUCUGUAGAGUGAACAAAAAGGCAAGCCACUCUGAAGGUGACCUGAGCUGACCUGGAGUCCAUCUCCUGUUUUAGUGCAUUGAUAAUGAUAAUAAUUACAUGUAUAAAAUGUGAAAGGAGGACAAAUUAAAUGCUGUAUGAACAUGUAAGCUAAUGUAUCCUGGACGUCAUGCUAUGUUACCUCUUCAUGUGUCUUAUUGUGAUUUACGUGUUGAAUAAACCAUCUCACUAUACACUG